CUUUAGUUCCUAACCAAAGCGAACGACAGUGCCUCGUACGAUUUCGGUCUUGGUAUUAUAAAAGAUCGUGCGAUUCUCGAUCGGUUAUCCUUAAAUCCGUGAUAUUUUCAAAUAUUCCAAUUGUUAUACGUUUCGCGGCGAUUGGCCACGUGAUCGCACGUACGCGUGAACCAACCUUAAAGUUUCGAAUCCCCCACACUAGUGCUCACCGAUUCACUUUGACUCACGACGGUGCAUACCGCCAGUCGGUUCGAAUAAUCGCCUCGUGGCAGGUGAAGACGAAAAUCGGCGAGGCCGAACCUGCCUGCUAACCAGUCACCUAGUCAAUCAGCCGCCGUAUGAGAUACGGACAAACCGUGAGACCGCGCCUCGAUCGUCGAUCUACCGGAGAAAAUUUUGUUACCGAUUGCGGUGCGACACGGUGUGCAAACUUUCUCGUAGCCAUCCGUGUAGCGCGUUACUUUUCUUCGUUUUCUUUCGUCGCCUAGUCGUUGGUUAGUCUCGAUUCGUUUCGGUCGCUUUCCGUUUCAUUCUGUGCGCUACACUAUUACGAGGGUGAGACAUGUCUUCCUUAAAGGGUGAUAAGAUUCCGUGUGCACGACUUUGCCAUAUCGUCAAGUGGGACGAUUUUGACGGCUAUGGGUUCAACCUACACGCGGAAAAAGGAAAAAAUGGCCAAUUUAUCGGUAAGGUGGAUGAUGGUUCUCCUAGUCAGGCCGCUGGUUUACGGCAAGGUGAUCGAAUCAUCGAGGUUAAUGAGAUCAACAUCGCGAACGAGACCCAUAAACAGGUUGUUGAACGCAUAAAGGCCUUCCCCAAUAAAACGAAGCUUCUAGUGGUCGAUCAAGAGGCCGACGAAUAUUUCAGGGCCAACAACAUCGUUAUCAAGGGCACCAUGGCGAACGUCAAGGUGAUCCAGACCCCAGAGAAGAAUCCGAAUAGAGCAAGAGUAGUGGAGCAAGAAGAGCUGAACGGCAGCAAUGCCUCCACGGAUGAGAACGUGCAAAAAUCGAGUGCCUCGAACGACACGUCGCACAGCGAGAGCAGCACGGUGUCGGCCAACGCGACGAGAACGUCGACCAGGAGCGAGAACGAGAACGAGAACGAGAACGAGAGCGAACGCGAGGAAGCUGGCCGAGAGAACGGGAACGGCAUCAGGAACGAGACGACGAUGGCGCACGUGCAUGGUACCGGAAACGGGAAUGUCGCCGGCAACGAGCCACGACAGGGUCUGAACCUGAAGAUGAGCGCCAAGGAACUUAGAGCGCAGCUGGCUGCCCGCAAGAAAUACGACCCGAAGAAGGAAUCGAUUGGCUUCAAGGACAAGUUCGACAUCGUACAGAAAUUAUAACCGUUGCUCUUGUCCAUCUCGUUCGAUAGUCUUGUCGGCUAUGCUGCGCGGUGCUCUUUCUUAUCUCGCUAUACUGGUAGUCAGAAUCCUUGCGUCCUGGCGGAUGUAUCCGGAUCAGCGCAAAAUGCUGUCGUUGUUCACGCGUACACGAGUAAACCCGAAUACCCAGGCAUACAAUGCGAGUUUGCGAAAUUUUCCGGACUCUAAACACGUACGCAUACACGCACAUACACGUACACGUACACGUACACGUACACGUACACGUA